CACUUCUGCACUCUUGGAAAGACACGACAAGCAACGCGACCAAGGUUCUUCGACCUCUUACCGUCUUUGCCAUAUUAGGCAAGUUGUGUCUCGACAACCCUGCGAGUGUACUCAUCUAUUUGAUAUCAGCGUGCUGGGAAUAUCAAACACAAUACGGGUCUCCACCUUCUUCUGAAGAGUCCUGUGGCGAACUCGAAACCAUUGCAAAUCGUCUCCUCAGGAGGGCACAGGUCCGUCAGAAGGUUUGCACUUCAAUACCAAAAGAUGCUGUGGAAUAUUUGUCGACUACUGCAGCAAGGGAGUGGACGCCUAGUUGUGCCGUGGUUGGUGGGAUGCUGGGACAGGACGUACUAAAGGCAUUGGCAGCACGUGAGCCUCCGAUGGCAAACUUUUUCUUCUUCGAUGGACCAACAUGCAACGGAACCGUGGUAAGAAUGGGAAUGCCAGAAGGACGUUUACCCGGCUCCACACUUCCUACCGCAGUUGCCCAGUCGACCGUUUUGGAAAUCGACUAA